GGGAGUAUUAGGAAGAAAUGAUGCGAGAUUCGCGGUUCACGUGGCUUCGAACGGAUUUCGUCGCGAAGGAAAACAGAAGCAGAGACUCUUCCCCUUCCCCUCCCUGAUGGAGUCGCUUGCGUCGCAAGCGAGGCCGGCGGCCGUGCUGUGGCUCGCCGGCUUCCUCCAGGCCGCGCGCCUUCACCGCGUCGUCUCCUUCUGCGUCAGCUCGAGGGCUCUGUCCGUCAGGAUCGCGCAGUGCUUCCUGCUCAAUGGGCUCAUCUUCCUGGGGAGCUUGUUAAUCCUGAAAUCGGUGGUCAUUCCAACUCUAUUGUGGAUGUUACCUGAGCAAUGCAAUCAAUUGGGGGAACAGCAUCUUUGUGAUCACAAGGCGGCUGUAGCUAUCUAUUCAUUCUUACGCUUUGGCCUUGUUGAAAUUUUUUAUGUAUUUUGGUUUUAUCCACUUUACGUCUUCAGCUUCAUAUUAAGUGCGCUUUGGUAUAAUGAUAUUGCCAAACAUGCUUUGGAUGUUGUGAAAAGUAAGAGGCUAGAUUUGACUGAAGGAUUGGAUGCUCGCAACAUUACUGAAUCAGAAGAUCGACCUGAAGGAUUUGACAGGGUUGCACUUGGUAUUGGAGAACAGGUCUACUCAAUCCUUCUUUUGACUAUUUUCUUUGUUGAGGUUUCAGUGAUUGGUUAUAUACCUUACUUUGGCAAGGCAAUGAACUUCCUGCUCCUGUCUUUAAUGUAUGCCUACUACUGCUUCGAGUACAAGUGGAACUUCUUUGCAGUGAGUUUGAAUAAGAGGCUCGAUUUCUUUGAGUCAAACUGGGCGUUCUUUGCUGGAUUUGGUGGUCCAUGUGUCGUUCCAAUUUUCUUCUUCUCUCCUCUUACAAGUUAUGGAGUUAUGGCUAUACUUUACCCAUUGUUUGUCUUGACUGCUGCAGGUACUCAAGAGGAGCAAGUAAUUGAUGAACUGAAACCUUCGUAUGAAGGGAAACUAAAAAGAAUACCUGUGUUCUUUGUUGCAAAGCGACUAACGACGCAAGUACUGCAAUUGUUUCCAGAGACACAGAAAGAACAAUGAAAGAUCCACACGAACAAAUCAAGGAAAGAAGGCACUGCGUUGUGCUUAUCACAAUGCCGCUGUUUCAAGUUGCAUUCGCAAGGUGCACACCCCAACAUAAGGCAGAAGGGCUGUACAUCUUCGUCACACUGUAAAUAUCCUGUGACAUUUCCGUUGUAACAUACAGUGCUUAAAAAUAAAAGCUAAAAAAAUUAGAAAAAAUCAUGUGUCCACAUGAUACCACCCGUAUUAGCGUACUACAAAUUGCAGCAUCUCUUUCUUCUACCAUUUUAUUACUGUCAGUAGCAGAUUAAUGACAUAGUUCCAUGCGUUUGCCUCUUUAGUUUAUUUGCUCUCAUGUUACGCCUAGAACUGCACAAAACGC